AUGGUGGGAGUCAAGACCCAAGGCGAAGAUAUCCUCGAGUAUGGUCGAGGAUAUUCGGAGGAUGUGGAUAUCAUCAGAGAGCGGGAGUAUCCGCAGCUCAAAGAUACAACAUACCUUGAUCAUGCGGGAACCACCCUAUACGCAAAGUCACUGAUCGAAGCAUUCUCCCGAGACCUGACCUCGAACCUCUUCGGGAACCCCCAUUCCAUGUCCGCAUCGUCACAGCUGUCCACCCGGCGUGUGGAUGAUGUACGUCUGCGGGCCCUUCGUUUCUUUAAAGCGGACCCGGACGAUUUUGAUCUGGUGUUCGUGGCCAACGCCACGGCGGCCAUCAAGCUAGUCGCGGACGCGAUGCGGGAUUCAAGACAAGGGUUCUGGUAUGGGUACCAUGUGGAUGCCCAUACCAGUCUUGUCGGGGCCCGGGAACUUGCAGCCAAGGGUAAUCGGUGUUUCUCGUCGGAUGAGGAAGUGGAGGGCUGGAUCCAGUCCCUGCGCGAGGCGGGUCCGGAAUCGCUCAAUCUGUUUGCGUAUCCGGCACAGUCCAAUCUGAACGGGCGCCGUCUGCCUCUGUCAUGGUGCGAAACGAUUCGCAGGCGGAGCGAGGCUGCGGGGGGGAACACCUACACUCUGCUUGAUGCGGCGUCUCUGGUUUCGACCUCUCCGUUAGAUUUGAGUGAUGCAGCCGCCGCGCCUGACUUCACUGUGCUCAGUUUUUACAAGAUCUUCGGCUUCCCGGAUCUGGGUGCGCUGAUUGUUCGGAAAAGCGCCGGGCAUAUUUUCGAGCAGCGCCGGUUUUUUGGAGGAGGGACGGUAGAUAUGGUCCUGACUCGGGAGAUGCAGUGGCAUGCAAAGAAGCAGUCGUCAAUCCAUGAUCGGUUGGAAGAUGGGACUCUUCCGUUCCACAGUAUCAUUGCCCUGGACUCGGCAUUCGCGACCCACCGGCGUCUUUUUGGUUCCAUGGAGAAUGUCUCGUCUCACACACGGUUCCUGGCAAAGCGUCUGUAUGACAAGUUAGCCGCUUUGAAACAUUCCAACGGGGAGAGAGUCUGUCAGCUAUAUACAAACCCGUUCUCAGACUACAACAAGGCUGCCUCGCAGGGUCCAAUCAUUGCCUUCAACCUGCGCAAUAGCCACGGAGCAUGGAUUGGGAAGUCGGAAGUCGAACGCCUUGCAACUGUCAAGAAUAUUCAAUUCAGAUCCGGCUCCCUUUGCAACCCAGGAGGAACAUCAGGGAGCCUGGGAUGGACAGGCGCCGACUUGCUUCAGCAGUUCUCGGCCGGUUUGCGAUGUGGAGAUGAUCACGACGUCAUGGAUGGGCGGCCGACGGGCGUUUUGAGACUCAGCCUGGGAGCAAUGACCAAUCUGGCGGAUAUCAACACCGUUAUUCAAUUUGUCGAGGAGUUCUAUGUCGAGCGGGCGGCGGCUGUGGAAUCUCUGAUUACCCCCGUUCCAAGCAUUCCCGUUCAACAACCUCGCUUCUAUAUUGAAAGUCUUUCCGUAUACCCGAUCAAGAGCUGCGGAGCAUUCAGGGUCCCUGAUGGGAAGCGCUGGGAGAUCAGAAGGGAGGGCCUCGCUUGGGAUCGAGAAUGGUGUCUUGUCCACCAGGGCACAGGUGCUACUCUGAACCAAAAAAAAUAUCCUCGCAUGGCGCUUAUCCGGCCGUUUGUCGACUUGGAUCGCAACGUACUCCGCAUCACCUGCGGAGAGUUGACCUCUUCAGACCAGCAAGUGUUGGAAGUCUCUCUAGACCGUGAAGACACAAACUUGGUAUCGACAUCGAUAUGCCAGCGGUCAUCAAAAUCCUCCACUGUCUGCGGUGACCAAGUGGUCGUACAGGCAUAUUCAUCUCCCUCGGUGUCAAGGUUCUUCUCUGAGUUUCUCGGGGUACCGUGCACUCUCGCACGUUUCCCGCCGCAGUCUUCAUCCAGAUUCUCCCCGCCCAAGAGGCCUUCUGGGGCCUGGAAACAGUAUCUGAGGAAGUUUGUGAUGCCCGGUUCCUUUCCACAGGAUUCAUCUCCGUCUAGCGCCCCCGAACGAAACCCCAUCCUUCUAUCCAACGAGAGCCCGAUCCUGCUCAUCUCGCGCUCGUCGGUCAACUACCUGAACGAGAAUAUCAAAGCCAACCAGAAGAAGAAGAAGCGAGCGGAAGGUAGCAGUAGCAGCAGAGCCGUGGCCGCAGACGUCUUCCGCGCCAAUAUCGUCGUCGCGGAGAGCUUCACCCAGCUGCCCCGGGUGGAGUCGCCAUACGUCGAGGACCACUGGGAGUCACUGAAGAUCGGGCCCGAACAUCUUCAGCUCGAUGUCCUUGGGGCAUGUCAACGGUGCUCGAUGGUAUGCAUUGACCAAUUCACGGGUGUGCGCCGCGACGAGCCUUUCUCGACGCUGGCGAAGACUAGGAAGAUCAAUGGCAAGAUUGUGUUCGGGAGACAUGCCUCUCUGGCUUCAUCUGAGGUUACACGGGACGAGCAUGAUACAACAGAGCGCUGGACGCUCAUGGUUGGUGAUACGGUUACGCCAUCUUAUACGCAUGAGGAAUGA